AAUGACGUAUUCAAAAAAAAAUCUCUCAAAUGUAAAUGUUAAAAUUGUAUACUAAGUGAUUUAGUAUACUAAAUGAUUACAAAGUCAUGAAUAUUCUCAAACCAGAUGAUAUUAACUUUAUAAAAUCAUGUUCUAACAAUGACCAAUUGAUUUCUUUUCUUGAUGAAAAAGGCUCAGGUAUUUUAAAUUGGACUGAUAAUUUCGGAAGAACCAUUCUACAUCAUAUUAUUGGCAGCAGUGGAAAUUUAGCAUGUGUUCAGCUAUUGUUAACAAAAAACGCUGACCCAAAUGCAGUUUCAGGAAUUGAUGACAAGUGCUCAACACCUCUUCACUAUGCUGCAAAAACUAAUAAUCUUGCAUGUGUGAUUGCUUUGGUGGAUCAUGGUGCUAAAAUAGAUAUAAAAAAUAGUAGGGGACAGCGUGCUAUUGAUCUUGCCUCAGAAUUUUGCUCAACAGAUUGUAUUAAUUAUCUUCAUUCUAUUUAUGAAAAACGAGAAAAAGAAGAUGAGCUUAAUAAAGCAAAAGCACUUUAUAAAUCUAUUGAAAUGAAUGACUUUUAUGGUGCAAAAAAAGCAUUGGAUAGUAUGAAAUCAACUUACAAAACAGUGAAUGAAUACAGUCACGAUGGAAAUAAUACAUUGCUUAACAGUGCAUGUUUUCAUGGUAACAAAGCUAUUGUUGAGCUGCUUAUUCAUAAUCGAGCUGAUGUGCGACGAAAUUUUAGGACUGGCGAAACACCUUUAUAUAUUGCUUGUUAUUAUGGCCAUCUUGAUGUUGUAACUCUCCUUGCACAAACAUUUUCUGAACUUCUUAAUCUUUCAUGUACACAAGAUCAAAUUUAUCCACUGCAUGCAGCAAUAAUUCAAGGAAAUGAGUCAAUUGUAGAGUAUUUAUUGACCUUAAGAAAUGUGGAACAUGAAAAAGUUAUUCUAAAUAACUCAACUUCCAAAUCAAAUAAAUGUUUUGUUAAUAUUAAUCAACCAAUGGGUAAUGGUCACACUCCUAUACAUCUAGCAGUUCAGUCUGGAAAUAAAAAUAUAAUAUCAAUGCUUUUGGCUUGUAAACCAUUUAUAAAGGUUAUGGAGAAGGAAGAAUAUCCUGGUUGUCUAAUACUAGAAAGUGUAGUUGAUACAAAAACUGCAUUACAUUUUGCUUUGCAAGAUGUAAAAAAUUUAGAAGUUGUGGAGUUGUUAUUAAAAAAUGGUGCUGAUUUAAAUGCAUCUUUUAUUGACAAUGGUUUAAAGUACACUCCAUUGCAAUUUGUGUGCAAAAAUGAAAACAUUGAAGUUUUAAAACUUUUGUUAAAGUAUAAUGCUAAAGAUCAUGAUGGAAUCUCUUUGAAUGAAGCUAUGGAAAAUAACAGAGAUGAAGUUGUGAAUGUUUUGCUAAGCAACGGUGUUUAUGUUAACAGUGAAAGGACAGUAACUUUAAAUGACUUUGAAGACUCAUUAACUACUGUAUCAAUAUAUUGGAAAAAGCGUUUUAUCAAUUUUGUAAAGGAAAAAUGGAUAUUAGCUGCACCAUCAGCCGUAUAUUCUCAUCAUGAUGAUCUAAUAAAAAAUAAGUUACAUUCUCAACUUAUCACUGAAGUAAACUUAUCGAAUAAUAAACUUGAAUUCGUUCCAUUUAUACUUUUUCAGUUACCUUCUUUAAGAAAACUAAAUCUAUCAAAUAAUUGGCUUUAUGAGUUGUGCUUUAUGAACUUAAGUGAGAAUGAAAGUAUUUCAAAUCAAAAUUUAUUUGGUCAUUCUUUAGAAGAGCUAGAAUUACAGCAUAAUUCUCUUGAAACUCUUCCAAAAUUUAUUUUUGAAAUGCCUAUUUUACAGUAUAUCAACUGCAGCAACAAUAAUUUAAAGAGUAUAGGGAUGGAAAUGUGGCUUUCAGAAUCAUUGAAAGUUUUGUUGCUUGAUCACAAUCAUUUAAAUAAAUUACCUUCUUUGUUAAACUUUAGCAGAGAACUUAACAAUGAACAAGUGGAUAAUCAAAUUGAUAAUCGUUUGUUAAGGCUUCCUGUUUCCAAAAAAAAAGUUCUUUAUAGUAUAAAAUCAAAUAAGGAUGGUGUUUACAAUAUAGAAAAACAGAAAUGUGCUAUAAAUUCUGGUUUAAUUCACCUUGAUUUGUCAAAUAAUAAAUUUUCAAAAGUGCCUAAUGGAAUCUCUUGUCUUGCGCCUAACUUAUUUUAUCUCAAUUUAAGUUAUAAUGAAAUUUCUAAAAUAAAGUGUAUAUCUUGCUUUCCGAAACAUUUAAGUCACUUAUCUCUUGCUAAAAACAACCUGGACACAAUAUAUUUUUCUGAAAAGCAAAAACCAAGUAGUUUUUGUUAUGCAUAUGCAGAACAUUUUUGUUUAACAUCUAACAACACUUGUGAACAUCAACAACACAAUCAGCUAGUCGAUCUUGUUCAUCUUGAUUUAUUAGGAAAUAAACUUAAAUCAAUCAGUUUGUUUUAUUCAUUCAGUAAUAAAGAAGAAUUAUUUUGUGAAAAUUUAAAGUCACUUAAUAUUUCUGAUACAUUGUUGAAAUCGUUACCUGAUGGUAUAAAAUAUUUAAAAAAGCUAGAAGCAUUAUAUUUUACUCAAGACACCAUUACAAGUAAUGUAAUUUGUAGUCUCAUUGAACAAGUUGAGCCUAGCCAUCAAUAUCCAAAGAAAGUUGCUGCAAGUAUAAAGAUUGGUUGCGAAAGAAAUUCAAAUGUUAAAUCUCUACAAAAAGCUGAAGAACUGAUAAAUGAAAAGAACUUUCCAAACAUCAAGUUGAUAGUGACUGGUCCAAAAAAAGUUGAAAAAUCUUUGCUUGUUAAAUCACUACAAAAUGAAGGGAUCACAAUUAGAAAAGUUACUUCUGUGAGACAUAAUUGGGUUAAAGUGGACAAACAUACUAAGAUAUUUGCAAAUGCCGGAAUAGACUGCACUUACUGGUCAUAUAUGUAUGAAAAGAAAUGCAUGAAUUUUAUAAUUUGGGAGUGCAAUUUCAAUAAAUUUCAUCACGUUUUUAUGUUUCAACAUGCAGUUUAUUUGCUUGUUUGGCAAUUUACUGAUAAUAUCAAAAAUGAAGUGGAACUACUAAAGUCAUGGUUUAAAAAUAUUCAGGCUUAUGCUCCUGACUCAGCUGUUAUCGUUGUCAUAACUAACUCUGAUAGUAAAAUGUUUCCAUCUGGUUUAAUAGAAGAAGUUAAAAGACAUUUUUUUUCAGGAUCAGAUGAUUUUAAUAUAAAUGAGGUGUCAGAUGUAGACAAAAUCAUAGGUUUUGUUGAAAUUGACAAAGUUCAAAAUAUAAAGUUUCUUUGUGAUUUAAUAUCUGAAAAAGCUAUGAAUAUUAGAGAUAAAACUAACAUGGUUUUGGAGCAAAGUUUUUCUGAGUUCUACCUUCCUGUUGAAAAAGCUGUCUAUGUGGUUGCUGACCAAAUGAAAAUUGAGAGUGAUAAAAAAAAUGAUUUAUCUUUCUAUCUUGAUGGAAAAUCAUUUAGGUCAAAAAUGUUUGAAUUACUUCAUUUGCAAAAUUUUGAACUUCAAUAUGAUGAUAAAGACUUAGAUGAAGCUGUACAUUUUCUUCAUUGUUUUGGUAGUAUCUUACACUUUGAUGUUCCUGCACUUAAUGAUGUUUACUUUUUCAAUCCACAAUGGUUGUGUGAUAUUCUUUUAUUUAUGAUGAGAAUUAUUCGAUCUCAAGCAAAUGCAUUUGUAAAAAUAAAUGAUAUCAAACAAAGUUUGGAUGUGGAAAGAUUCCCAAUUUCAAAAGGCAUAGAACUUUUGGAUUCUUUUGAUAUUGCUGUAAAGUUAUCCGAGAAUGAAUUAUUUGUUCCAUCGUUUUUGUCAGAAAAUGAAGUAAAUACUUGCGAAAAGGACCUUCAAAAUGAAAUAUAUCGACGUCAAUAUUUAAUGCCAUUUGUUCCUACUGGAUUCUGGUCUAUGUUGAUUAAAAGAAUAAGAGUGGAUAAAAAUCUAUUUGAAGCUUUGUCAAGAUGUUUUGGUCUAAAAGCUACUACAGGUUUGCACAGUGAUAACACAGCAAGCUCAGAAAAUUUAGACAAAAUAAAAAUUGAAGAUAUAAUAAAUUGGACUUGCUGGAAGACUGGAAUUGAAAUUUCUUGUUUUGGGAUCAGGUUGCUUCGAAUUUGUGAGCUACCUUCGAAAGUGGCUUUCUAUGGGUCAAACUAUCCCUUAAUAUCAGAAAUUGUUUCAAGUUCUGAAUCAAGUUUUGUGAACAAAAAAGCAGUUGUUGAAAUAAUGGUUCCUUUUGUUUACAUAACGAUUGGAAAAUAUGAAUCACAGAUUAGUGGUCAAGGUAAUUCUAUCACUGACAACACCAGCAAUAUCAAAAUUACCAGCAUUACAUAUGAUAAUCAUCUUGUAGCUUGCAGAGUAUUGGUUACUGCAGUAGAUUGUAUUGACAAGCUACUCUCUGACUGGUUUUCAAAGUUUAGUGUUAAAUGUGUUAAAAGAGUUUCUUAUUGUAAUCUUUGUAUUCAGAGUGCAAUAGAAGAAAAUAAUUCUCGAUCAAGAAGUUUUAACUUGUCAUUGUUUGAGUUUGAACAUGCUUUAGACUGUUUAAAGAAUAAGAAAGAUUUGAUUUGUCCUUUUCAUGAAAAUUUGGUAGAUAUAAAAAAGGUUUUUCCUGACUUGUGCUUCUUAGACUUCAAUUGUAAAAUUUUCUCUGAUAAAAAAAUUGAAUGUGGCAAAUUGAUUUCAAGAGGAAAAUUUAAUGAUGUUUUUGCUGUAAAAAUCGCUUCAAUAAACUCUUCAUUUUGUGCAGCGAUGAAAGUUCCUUGUAAUUCAGUUAUAAAAAACAAAUCUCCAUUUACUGAAAUAGAAAAAUACAUUUCAUGGAAUUUUGAAGCAAAAAUGGAAUCAUUGUUUUAUCAUCAAAUGGACUCAUACAUGUCUUAUAGACAUUUUCGUGAGGAACUUGCUGUUGUCUUAUCAAUAGAGUAUCAUCAUAUAGCUAAUUUCAAAGGAUUGUCAUUAAAACCAUUGGGUAUGUUGUUUGAUCUGGCUCCAAAAGGUCCACUUAAUAAUUAUUUAGAUAGAUACAGACAGAAGAAAAUUGAAUUACCAGUGUAUGCAGUUAAAGAAACUCUUUGUCAGAUCAGUGAUGCUUUGAAUUAUCUUCAGUCUCAAAGUAUCUUAAGCUGUGAUUUAAAAAGUGAUAAUGUAUUAGUUCAUGAAUUUCCUGAACCAGAUUGCAGUCUGUAUUCAAAAGUUCGACUACUAUUAGCAGGUUAUGGAAGUAGUAAAAAAAUGUUGAACAAAAAUACAGAAUUAUAUAGGAGUUCAAUUUUCAGGGUACAAAAUGCUGAUGAAAAUAAAAAAGUUUUGAGUUUCUUGUUUGGUUCCUUUGUCUAUGAGUUAAUAAAUCUACAAAAACCUUUUGGUAACUGUGUCAAUAGAAAGCUUGUUAAUAAGUUCAUAUUAGAGGGGAAACGUCCAAAAUUAUCGCUUAUGGCUAGACAAUAUCCAAUUCCUAUAUUAUCAUUGCUCCAUCGAUGUUGGACAUUUAAUUAUAAUGAUAGACCAACUACUUUAGAAAUUAAAGGUCUUGUGAAUUUGGAUGAACUAACAUCGCUCUUAGAUGUUUUAGACCUGGAUGAAAACUUCUAUUUACAGUGUGUAAAGACUUGUUCAUCAAAUUUUUGUAAACAAAGUAAUGUGUCUGUUAAUGAUUUGAUUGGUUCACAUGUUUGGUUAAUCAGCAGUCGAAUUAAUCAUUCUCCAGGACAUAGUAUUCUGACAGUAUUUUCAUAUGAAAAUUAUAAAUAUGUACAUGAAAUUAAUAUUCAACUUAAGGAAAAUAUUAUCAUAGCAUGUUUAGUUGGAAAUAAACUGUGGUUAGGAACAGAGAAAAGUACUUUUAAAGUUUACUGUACUUCAAAGUACCAACUGGUUGCAUAUGGCAGAUGUAUUAAGAAUGCAUUUUUAAUUUGCAUUUAUUAUUUUGCUUUAAAAAAACUUGUUGUUUGCACACAAUCUGAUGGCAAUGUUCUAAUAUAUAGUGAUGAUGUUCAUUCAUUAAGUAGACGUAGUUCCUUAGAACCAGCUGAUUGUUUUGUGCACCCUUCAACAAAUUUAGUUUUCUUGAAGCCUCUAAAUUCUUUUUCAUUAGGCAGUCCCAUACAUUGUAUAUGUGCUGUUGAAUCUUAUGCUUUCAGAAAAGAAAUGUUACAAAAUGACUUUUACAAUUCUAAUGCAAAUAUGAAUACUGAAAAAUAUGAGUUAUGGUGCGGCCAAGAAAAAGGGUGUAUUUCAAUACUGAGAGCAAGUUCACUUCCUUCAUACAAAAAAAUAGAAACUUUAUCACUUCAAGGGGAAAACGUAUCAAGUUUUUCAAAUAAAAUUGUUAUUUGUUUAGAAACAAAUCAAAAAUUUGAAUCUGAUUAUCAUAAUAAAGAUUUUUCCAAAAAUAACUUAUACAAUUAUGUAUGGAUGGUUGUGUAUCCUGGUACUGAAGUUAAAAGAUGGAAUGUAAACUUAAGAACUGUUGAAGGAGUGUUUAACGCUAAAAAUUAUUCUGAAGUACACAAGGUUAACUCUGUGAAGCCGCCAAAGAAAAUAAUAACUGAAGAUUAUCAGGCUCAAAUUCAAUCUUUGGUUGUUGUUGAAGAAAAAAUGUAUGUUGGAACAUCUUUUGGUGUAUUUUUUAUUUGCGAUGCCUUUAAAAUGAUACCUUAUACGUGGUUAAGAUGUUACGAAGAAUGUUUAAGUGUUAUUGUGCCGUGUCGUAUGCUUUCGAAUCGAGAAAGAAAGAUUAGUCAGAAAGAAAAUCAGCUUAUAUUAACUUGCGGUCGAAGGUCUUUGGGUCGUUGGCUUAAUAAUAUUGAUUGUGAUAAUAAUCAAACCAAUGUCAAAAGAGGCAUUACUCUGAUGACGUGGAAUCUAAAUUCGCUAAGUAAUAAUUUUAAAUCCUAGCAGUAUAAUUUAUACUUUUUUAAUUUGUAAAUACAAUGACAUUUAUGUUAUUUAGCUUUCAAAUUUAGAGAUUGUUUUGAGAAUGCUGA